CGUUGUCUUUUCUUUAGUGCUUUCAUCUCCCUGCUGUGCUGUGAAAACAGAGAAAAAUCUCAAAAAUGCCGAAAGCCAAGAAGUCAGGGAAGAGAAAGAAGUUCGACUACAACCAGGACCGAAAGAAGAUGAAGAAGAAGCUCAUGAAGAAAUGCAACCCGAGGAUAGAAAAUUCACAGAUUCGAAAUGCGUGGGAUGACAGGAAGUCCAUGGCCAGGAACCUGCAGGACAUGGGUCUGGCGUUUGAUCCAAACCUUGCUCUGCCAAUAAAGAAACAAAGACUCCUCGGUGAAGCGAGGGAGACGGCAGCUCCCACCAACAUUGUGACCAAGCCCUAUGUUCUCAACCAGCUGGAGGAGGAGGCCAGCCGUCCGGUGAAAGACACCAAGACGUUAUCCUCCGACCUGAUCGAGUAUGUUCAGCACAUGAUCCGAGAACACAACGACAACUACAAGGCGAUGGCCAGAGAUGAGAAGAACUAUUACCAGGACACACCCAAACAGAUCAAGAGGAAAAUCAACGAGUACAAGCGCUGCCACCCGGAGCACUACGACGCCUUCAUCAGCUCGCUAGCUGCUCCACAGCCGAUGGUCCAGUAGAGGGAUCGUCAGCCCUGUUCUGGACUUUAUGUCAUUCUCUGUAUCAGGAUGAGAUGGCCCUCAAUCUGGAGGGACUGUCAGGACAUUCAGAUUGUGACGAUGUGAGGACAGCAGGUCCAUAAUCAGGAUAACCAACAGUGACAGGAAGUGGAGGCGAGCGCUACCUCUGUGUCUUUCAGAUGUAUUUGGACAUUACUCCUGUUACCGUCCUCCCUCUAUAGAGUUCCUGUUUUUAUGUUUUCCAUUUCCUUACAGAUAUAUUAUCCUGAUCUCAACUGUGUGUUCUGAACGUCUAACAUAAUUGCCUGAAAUGUAUUUUUAAAUAUAUGUAUCACCCUGAA